AUGGGAACGUCUAGGUGGAUGCCGAGGAGUUCGACGCCCUGUACGCGCCGGCAAUGGAAAAUGGCAGAGGCGAAGAGGGGGGCGGCGGUGAAGAGGACGUGCGGGAAAUUUUUGUCAGGGUCGACUGAAAUGAGCAGCUGCAGCAUAGGUAUUAAGAAAGCUGUGAAGACAGAAAAGGCUCCAGCAGCAGUGGGGCCAUAUUCUCAAGCAAUUAAGGCGAAUAAUAUGGUCUUUGUCUUUGGAGUUCUUGGACUGAUUCCAGAGACUGGGAAAUUUGUCUCGGAGGAUGUAGAGGAUCAAACUGAACAGGCCGCGUUGGGACUGCUUCGUGUGUGGGUUUGA